AUGGAGGGUUGUUCAGGAGGAGAGGAGAAAAAGCUAUUGGAGGAGGAGAACAAGGUCAAGCGCAAAAUGAAGUCUGCUUCACAGUUGGAGAUUCUGGAAAAAGCAUAUGCUGCCGAGCUUUAUCCAUCUGAGGCGUUGAGGGCUGAGUUAUCUGUGAAGUUGGGGUUGUCUGAUCGUCAGUUACAGAUGUGGUUUUGUCACCGGAGAGUGAAGGAUAGGAAGGCUUCACCAAUGGUUAAUAAGGUUGCGGCAGCGAGUUUGGCUUCAAUGGGAGAGGAGGGUGUUGAGCAAAUAGCAGUUGCUGAUGUUAUGCAUGCACAGCGAGUUGUGGCACAGUAUGGGGUGAUGGGAUUUACUAGGAUGGGAGCUGGAUUGCCUGCAUUGGAAAGCAGUAGUUGCCAUGAAGCUCAUCAGACAUUGCAGGAGCUACGAGCUGUUGCGUUGGUGGAAAGACAGUUGGGAGAGACAUUAAGAGAGGAUGGACCUAUUCUUGGAAUGGAAUUUGAUUCCUUGCCGCCGGGUGCAUUUGGUGCACCAUUAGGGGCAGUUGCAAUGGGGCAAAACAGCCAAUCUGAAUGGCCUGUUGAGGCAAAAGUUUAUGAACAUAUAGAUAAGGGCAUUUCAAGGACUCUCCAUGAAUAUCAAUUUAUUCCAGAGCAGCCAACUGUUAGAAAUGAGAUAUAUGAGAGAGAUACUACAUCUGCUCACUUUAGUUCUCUUGAUGGUGUUCCACAUUCUAGUGGGCCGUCUUUCCUUAAUGGGAAUGAAUCUGCACCUAAGGUGUAUGGAGUCCAAGGUCAGAAGAUACCUGGUCUAAAUCUUUUGUCUGAGUCUCAGCAAAGUAGGCCAAAUCAUCUCAUGCUUUCUGCUUUAGGAGGGAAUGAUGAUGUUCCACGAAACCCAUUUGUGGAUGUAACUCUUGACACUCAAAGGGGGGCUCACCAACUAACUCUGAUUAACACCCCUCUAGUGCUGUCUGAUAGGAGUGUUAUCCAUGAGGAUGAACUUUCAAGGUUUCAAAGGAAGCGAAAGAAUGAAGAGGCUAGAUUGCAACGGGAACUUGAAGUGCAAGAGAAAAGAAUUAGAAAAGAACUUGUAAAACAGGAUAUUCUAAGACAAAAGAGAGAGGAGCAAAUAAAGAAAGAGACGGAGAGACAAGAACGUGAAAGGCAGAAGGAAAAGGAGAGGUACCUUAGAGAACAGAAGCGUGAGCAAGAGCGACAGGAAAAGAUUUUGCAGAAGGAAUCAAUCAGAGCUGAGAAACUGAAACAGAAGGAAGAACUGCAGAGGGUGAAGGAGGCGGCAAGGAUUAAAGCUGCAAGUGAGAGAGCUAUUGCCCGCAGAAUGGUCAAAGAUGCAAUAGACCUUAUUGAAGAUGAACAUCUGGAACUCAUGGAAUUAGCUGCAUCAAAGAAGGGGUUAUCUUCAAUACUGGCUCUUGACUACGAUACUAUGCAAAAUCUUGAAUCAUAUGGAGAUGGGCUUACUUCCUUCCCACCCAAGUCUGUACAGUUGAAAAGAGCUUUUUCAAUUCAACCUUGGGCAGAUUCUGACGAGAAUGUGGGAAAUCUUCUGAUGGUUUGGAAGUUCUUGAUUACCUUUGCUGAUAUUUUUGGAAUAUGGCCAUUUACAUUGGAUGAGCUUAUACAAGCUUUUCAUGAUUAUGACCCUAGGUUGUUAGGUGAGAUCCAUAUUGCUCUUCUGAGAUCCAUUAUGAAAGAUAUUGAAGAUGUUGCAAGAACACCCACUACUGGAUUAGGAGCUAACCAAAAUAGUGUUACGAACUCUGGUGGGGGGCAUCCACAGAUAGUUGAAGGGGCAUAUGCAUGGGGUUUUGAUAUAAGAAAUUGGCAGCGGCAUUUAAAUCCAUUAACAUGGCCAGAGAUUUUGCGACAAUUUGCGUUGUCAGCUGGAUUUGGGCCUCAAUUGAAGAAACAUAAUAUUGAGCCAUUGCAUCCUAGCAACCAUGAGGGUAAUGAUGGUAAAGAUAUAAUUUCUAGUCUACGAAAUGGAGCUGCUGUUGAAAAUGCGAUUGCUAUUAUGCACGGGAAGGGUUUAUCUAAUCCAAGAAGAAAUAGGCAUCGUUUGACGCCUGGAACUGUUAAAUAUGCUGCAUUUCAUGUGCUUUCUUUGGAAGGAAGCAGAGGCCUCAAUAUAUUGGAAGUUGCAGACAAGAUUCAGAAAUCUGGACUCCGUGAUCUUACAACUAGCAAAACACCAGAGGCUUCUAUAUCUUCUGCUUUGUCUAGGGAUGCAGAACUAUUUGAAAAGACAGCUCCUUCAACAUAUUGUGUACGUCCUGCAUACAGAAAGGACCCAGCUGAUUCUGAAGCAAUUUAUUCAGCUGCCAGGGAAAGAAUCAGGAUAUUCAAAAGCGGACUCGUGGGUGCAGAAGAAGCUGAUGAUGGUGAAAGGGAUGAUGAUUGUGAAACUGAUGUGGCAAAAAAUCCUGAGAAUGAUAAAUUAAGAGUUCAAACAAACGUGAAAAAGGAGGUCUCAAGUCAUGAUGAAUUUAAUGCAAACACUAUUGUUAAAUCUAGUGAAAUUGCUGUUUGCAGCAAUGACGUUGCUAAUCCUAUUCUAAAAGGCAUAGAUGUUGAUGAAAGCACUCUUGGUGAACCAUGGGUACAAGGGCUUAUGGAGGGAGAGUACUCAGAUCUUAGCAUAGAGGAGCGUCUUCACGCACUUGUUGCUUUGACUACUGUGGCAAUUGAAGGGAAUUCUAUUCGUGUUGCACUUGAGGAACGUCUAGAAGCCGCAAAUGCUUUAAAGAAGCAGAUGUGGGCUGAGGCACAACUUGAUAAACGCCGUAUUAAAGAGGAUUAUUUUGUUAAAAUUCCACCUUUCUCAAAUUUGGGAAACAAGAGUGAACCAGCUGUUACAUUUCCAUCAGUGGGGGGUAAAGACUGCCCAGUGCAUACUGUUGAAGUUGAAAAUGACAAGGCUUUACUCACUCCCUGUGACCAGCAUGAGCAGAUAAAUUCACUGCAGGAAAAUCAAAAUCUUAUGCAGAAUUUAUUAGAAGCGAACUUGCAGAGGCAAGAUUGUUCCACUGGCCCAGAUAAUUAUUCUCUUCAACAAUCUAUUCACGUUGCUGAAAAAUCAAGGUCGGGUUUUAAAUCAUAUAUUGGUCAAUUAGGGGAACAAACUUUCACGUGUAGAUCAUUGCCUCUUGGUUUGGAUCGAAGACGAAACCGAUACUGGCAAUUCAUUACUUCUGCUUCUCAAAGCGAUCCAGGUUGUGGCAGGAUUUUUGUGGAAUCGCAUGAUGGCUGUUGGAAGCUGAUUGAUUCUGAAGAGGGUUUUGAUGCUCUAUUGGCAUCAUUGGAUGUACGUGGAAUCAGGGAGUCCCACUUGCAUAUGACAUUGCAAAGAAUUGAGAUGUCCUUCAAAGAAUCUGUUAGAAGAAAUGUCCAAAAUGACGCGAAAAUGCAAAAUGGAGACACUGUCGAAAAACUCAAGACAGAAGCAGUUAAAGUGGCCACAGACCAAGAUUGCAGUACUAAUAUUUACUGUCCUACUUCUGUCUGCAUGGAUGAUUUGAACACAUCAGUGGCUUCAACUUCUUUUGCGGUUCAGCUUGGGAGAAAUGAGGCUGAGAACAAAGAUGCUUAUAUGAGAUAUUGGGACUUUGAGAAAUGGAUGCGAAAGGAAUGUCUAAAUAGCUCAGUAUCACGUGCAAUGAAGUUUGGGAAGAAAAGGUGCAACGAACUACUUCUCAUGUGUGAUUUGUGCCAUCAUGUCUAUUUCUGUAGAGGAACACCAUGUCCUUCAUGCCAUAGAACUUUCAGUACUAGUCAUGGAAACUCUAGUUCUUAUGAACAUAUUGCUCGUUCUGAAGACAAAAUGAAGAUCGACCCUCAUUUAUUUCUUGAUUCAUCCUCUUCCCCAUUGAGGAUGAGAUUGCUCAAAAUCCUCUUGUCAGUUGUUGAGGCAUCUCUUCCUCAAGAAGCUCUUCAACCUUUUUGGACAGAGAGGUAUAGGAAGUCCUGGAGUUCAAAGCUGGAAGAUUCAUCAUCAACUGAAGACAUUCUGCAGAUGUUGACUACAUUGGAAUGUGCUACAAAAAGGGAGUAUUUGGCUUCAGAAUAUGAAACUACCAGUGAGCUGUUAGGUUCUGUUUGCUCUUCUGGAUGUCAUCCUAAUGAUAUCAUUCGUGGUGAAAGGAUACCUAUGCUUCCAUGGGUGCCAUGUACAACUGCUGCUGUGACUCUAAGGCUCAUGGAACUUGAUGCAUGCAUCUUUUACACUUCACAACAAAAUCUGGAGUCCGAGAAGGAUAAACAAAUUGGAAUUGCUAUGAAGCUUCCAUCAAAAUCUGCUGCUGCCAAAAUUUCCUACAAUGCUGGUGCAUUUGAAUCUUCAUUUCAGGCUAAGCAUACUGUAGAGAACUGGGGUGCUCUUGGUUCUGGCCUUGGGAGCUACAGUAGAGGACAAAGGACUCAACAAGGCCACAGCCACUCUCAUGGUCAAAGAUCACAAGGAAGAGUUGCUAGUUCAAGAUCCACUUCCAGAAAGAGAAGCACUACGUCUAACAGCAGGAGACUUGGAAAAUUACUUGGAUGGAAAGGGACACCAAACAGACAAGGACACGUUCGUGGUCGGAGGAGCAUCAGAAGCAGGCAGAAACCAGCAGCAGCCAAGAUGAAUGUGAUUAUCAGAAAGGAAGUUAACGAAGAUGAAACAGAAGCGAAUGUUCUAAAUACUAGCAAUUCGGAAAGAUCAGACUAUGAAGGUGAUCUUUAUCGAGCAACAGUAGACAAGUGUGAUUAUCUGGUAGACAAUAAUAAUGAUGGAUCUCAGGGUGGAUUUAAUGGGAAAUCUGAGAACUUAAUAGAACAGAGCCACUAUAAUGUGGAUGAUGAGGAGGAUGUGGAUAUGGAUGACAAUGUCGAUGAUGACAUUGAAGAUGGGCAGGUGGAUCUUAAUAUAAUUGGAAGGGAUUCAAAUAUAGGGUACAACAGAGAAGAAAAUGCAGAAAAAGCCGAGGAUCCAGAUGAUGUUGGUUCUACAUCAUUAGAUUACAGUGAUUAA